UUCGACUUGUACUGUUAUUUCUGUUCCACAUGUCAUCAGUCAUCAUUCAUUCACUCACUCAAUGUAGUGAGAGAAGGUGAGGAGAGAGAAUCCAAUUCCUUUUUCUCGUGAGAGAGAGACAUAUCCCAGUUGUUUUCUGAUGUAAUUAAAUAUACAAAUUACAAAAAUCAGAAUGAAAAGUUUGUACAAAUUGAAAAAUUAAAGUUAUAUUGAGUGCCAUGAGAAAAGGGUGUGCUCUAAUUGUAUUGUUCGCUAAAAGAAAAUGAGUUUUUUUAGUGGAAAAGAAAGAAUCUUUGGCAGCCCCCAUUCUCUCUCUCUCUCCACUGCUGUGUCUCUAACUUCAAGGGUAAAACUCGACCUGAAGCGAACAAGAAGCAGUGUCCAAUUAUCCAGUCCCCAACUGACUUAAAAAAGUUUCGCUUUAAAAAUGGUUUCGAGGUCUUACUCUAACUUACUAGAUCUCGCUUCUGGUGACUCUCUAAGUUUUGGCCGAGAGAGAAAGAGGCUGCCAAGAGUGGCCACAGUUGCUGGAGUUUUGUCCGAAUACGACGACGACAACAGCAACAGCGUCGGCUCCGAUGCUCCCUCGUCGGUUGCCCAAGAGAGAAUGAUCAUUGUGGGAAACCAGCUUCCACUUCGAGUUCACAAAAAGGAAAAUGGCGAGUGGGACUUCAGCUGGGAUGAGGACUCCCUUCUUUUGCAGCUUAAAGAUGGCUUAGGAGAAGACUUUGAAGUGAUCUAUAUUGGUUGCCUUAAAGAAGAAAUUGAUCCAAGAGAUCAAGAUGACGUAGCUCAAACUCUACUUGAAAAUUUCAAGUGUGUCCCAGCUUUUAUCCCACCUGAACUUUUCAGCAAAUUCUAUCAUGGCUUCUGUAAACAACACUUGUGGCCUUUGUUUCACUACAUGCUUCCUCUGUCGCCAGACUUGGGUGGCCGAUUCGACAGGUCACUUUGGCAAGCUUACCUAUCUGUGAACAAGAUUUUUGCUGAUAAAGUGAUGGAAGUGAUUAGCCCUGAUGAUGAUUACGUUUGGGUUCAUGAUUACCAUUUGAUGGUUCUGCCAACCUUUUUGAGGAAGAGGUUUAAUAGAGUGAAGCUUGGAUUUUUCCUUCAUAGUCCUUUUCCUUCGUCUGAGAUUUACAGGACACUUCCUGUGAGAGAGGAGCUUUUAAGAGCGCUUUUGAACGCUGAUCUUAUUGGCUUUCAUACUUUUGAUUACGCUAGGCAUUUUCUUUCUUGUUGUAGUAGAAUGCUAGGCGUUUCUUAUCAGUCUAAGAGAGGUUACAUUGGGCUUGAGUAUUAUGGAAGAACUGUAAGCAUUAAGAUUCUUCCGGUUGGGAUACAUAUUCACCAACUCGAACUCGUGUUGAAUCUUCCUGAGACUGAGUUGAAGGUUGCCGAGUUGCAAUCUCGUUUUAUGGGCCAAACUGUAUUGCUUGGAGUUGAUGACAUGGAUAUCUUCAAGGGUAUCAGCUUAAAGCUUUUGGCUAUGGAACAACUGCUUCUCCAGCAUCCUGACAAAAGGGGUAGUGUUGUUUUAGUUCAAAUUGCCAACCCUGCUAGAGGCCGGGGAAAAGAUGUGCAGGAGGUCCAGUCCGAAACUUAUGCGACUGUGACCAGGAUCAACGAGACAUUUGGAAGUCCAGGAUAUAAGCCAGUGGUUUUGAUCGAUUCCCCACUUCAGUUUUAUGAGCGAAUCGCAUAUUAUGUGAUUGCCGAGUGUUGUCUUGUUACGGCAGUGAGAGAUGGAAUGAACCUUAUACCUUAUGAGUACAUAAUAUGCAGGCAGGGGAACACAAAGCUUGAUAAAACCUUGGGACUUGACCAAACAAAUCCUAAGAAGAGUAUGCUGGUGGUGUCUGAAUUUAUUGGCUGCUCCCCAUCACUUAGUGGGGCAAUUCGAGUUAAUCCAUGGAAUGUUGAUGCUGUGGCUGAAGCAAUGGAAUCUGCCCUCAUAUACUCCGAGUCUGAGAAACAGAUGAGGCAUGAGAAGCAUUAUAAAUAUGUUCUUACACAUGAUGUUGCAUAUUGGGCAAAGAGCUUUUUGCAAGAUCUUGAACGGACCUGUAGAGAUCAUGUGAGGAGAAGGUGUUGGGGUAUUGGUUUUGGUUUGGGUUUCAGGGUGAUUGCGUUGGAUCCGAAUUUCAGAAAGCUUGGUGUUGAGCAUAUUGUUUCGGCUUAUAAGAGAACCAAGAACCGAGCAAUCCUGUUGGAUUACGAUGGUGCUUUGAUGAUGUCGAGUUCAAUUAGUGCAACUCCUCACACUGAGGCUGUUGGAAUAUUGGACAGUUUGUGCAGAGACCCCAAAAAUAUUGUUUUCCUUGUUAGUGGGAAAGACAGGAACACAUUAGUUGAAUGGUUUUCUUCCUGUGAAAAGCUGGGUAUUGCAGCAGAACAUGGUUAUUUUCUGAGGACAAAUGAUGAUGAAGAGUGGGAUACUUGUGUGUCUAUUCCAGAUUUUGAUUGGAAGCAUAUUGCUGAACCAGUCAUGCAGCUAUAUGCUGAAACAACUGAUGGUUCUAGCAUAGAGGCAAAGGAGAGUGCCCUCGUGUGGAAUUACCAGCAUGCGGAUCCAGAUUUUGGUUCAUGCCAAGCUAAGGAGCUUCUUGAUCACCUGGAAAGUGUUCUUGCCAAUGAGCCAGUUUCUGUGAAAAGUGGUCCACACAUUGUAGAAGUUAAACCUCAGGGUGUCAACAAGGGUCUCAUAGCAGAGCGUCUCCUUUCAACUAUGAAGCAGAAGUCGAUGCUUCCAGACUUUGUACUCUGCAUUGGGGAUGAUAGGUCCGACGAGGACAUGUUUGAGGUGAUAAUGAGUGCGAAGGAUUCUCUCUCCCCAGUCGCCGAAGUGUUUGCUUGCACUGUAGGCCAGAAACCAAGCAAGGCCAAAUACUACUUGGAAGACACGACCGAGAUUCUGAGAAUGCUGCUGGGCCUUGCCACUGCCUCGGAGCAGGAGGCAGCUAGAAACGCCAUCCAAUCUUCAUUUCACCGACUGGCUAUUGGAGACAAGUAAAUAGGCAUCUCAGUUUCUCUUCUCUCACUUUGUUCUCCUUCAACUUCCCCGCUUCCUUUCAGAAACCACUUGCGGAGUACUAGUUUCUUAAUCAUUGGCACAUAUUGGAUUGGCUGUUUCAAUUUUCUGGAUGCAUUGUUGGAUGUCUAAGAUAAAUUUGAUACAAAGAAGUUGUAUUGUUGAUGUGGUGGCUUUUAGUGAUUCUACUUUAUAGUGAAGAAAAAUGAUCAUUCUUCUUAGGCUGGCGCCAAAAUCACACCUUCAGAGACGGAUCCUCACAGCUUUACAAGAGGCUCAUUUUGGGGGUUGUAAAUGCCAGCCCACAACACAGUGGCAAAUGCAUUAUGAAAAACAAGUACCAAAACAUUUAUAGACAUUCAACUUGCAAGAACAUAGAUAUGUUACAAGCUCUUAUCAUUGGCAAUGAUAUGAUUUCUUGAUGAGGAAGAAAAGAAGUAGCCUAGAAUGUUUUCUGUAGUCUUUGUCUAUUUGAAAUGUUUGGGGCAUUGCUUUUUCUGGCUUUUUAGAGUGUAAAAAUAAAAAAUAAAAAUGUAAAACCUCUGUAUUUGUUAUCUUCAUGGUUGUUAGUUGUUGCCUCUUUCAAUAGCA